UCUCGUCUUCUACUUGGUCUCUGUUUUUCACGCAAGCGAAUUAUCGAGAAAUAAAGACAAAAAGCGAUAAACUUUAGAAAAGCUAAUGGAUCCGAUCGAAUCUGUGGAGUACAAUGGCUUCGAGUUCGAGACGCCAUCGGAAGCUAACGGUAACUCCCACGUCGACCAUGGAUGGAAGAAAGUCGUGUACCCUAAACGCAACCGGAAGCAGAAACCGGCUGAUCAAUCCGUAAAUGGCGGCGUUUCCGGCAAGACUGUUGCUAACGGAACACAAGCUAACGGCGAUAACGUCUUCCGUUCGCUAGAGGAGCAAGCUGAGGAUCGGAGACGUCGGAUCCUCGCGGCGAAGAUGGCUGCUGCUGAUUUGGAGGAUGAAUCGGACGGUGCUCGUGCGUCGAGAUCUAAACGCCGAUCCAACGAUGAUGGUUACGAUUUCGAUGAUAGCGACGAGGAGAUCGCGGCGAGGAUGUUGCAGAAUCUGAAGGCGGAGGAAACUAAAAAGCCGAAACCCAAGAAGGAGAAGAAGCCAAAGGUUUCUUUACCUGAAGCUGCGGCGAAGAUCGAUCCUUCGAAUCUCGCAGCUUUCCUCGUCGAAGUAUCGGAAUCGUAUGAGACUCAGCCGGAGAUUCAGCCAAUGAGAUUCGCCGAUUACUUUGGAACAGCACUUUCCGGAGUAUCAUCUGUGCAAUUUCCAUGGGUGAAGAUGUUCAAAGAGUCUCCUUUGUCCAAAUUGAUCGAUGUUCCGUUAUCUCAUAUUCCUGAACCAGUCUACAAAACAUCAGUCGAUUGGAUCAACAAACGUCCUGUCGAGGCUUUAGGAUCCUUUGUGUUGUGGGCGUUUGACUGUAUUCUCACAGAUUUGGCUGCACAACAAGGAGGUGCCAAAGGUGGGAAGAAAGGUGCACAACACACUUCUUCCAAAUCUCCGGUGGGAAUAUUCGUUGCAUUGGCAAUGGUGUUGCGUAGAAAACCUGAUGCUUUGGCCAAUGUGUUGCCGACUUUGAGGGAGAAUCCCAAGUAUCAGGGACAAGACAAGCUUCCGGUUACAGUUUGGAUGAUGGCUCAGGCCUCCCAAGGUGAUUUAUCUGUAGGCUUAUUAUCAUGGGCACACAACUUGUUACCUGUAGUCGGUAACAAAAACUGCAACCCUCAGUCAAGGGAUCUCAUACUGCAGUUGGUUGAGAAAAUUACGUCGAAUCCAAAGGCUCGGACCAUACUUGUAAAUGGAGCUGUAAGGAAAGGAGAGCGACUGAUUCCACCUCCUUCAUUUGAGAUCUUGGUGCGGCUUACAUUCCCUUCUUCAUCCUCUAGAGUAAAGGCUACAGAGAGGUUUGAAGCAAUAUAUCCGUUGCUGAAGGAAGUGGCUCUUGCCGGUGCACCAGGAAGCAAGGCGAUGAAACAAACCACACAACAGAUAUUCACUUUUGCUCUGAAAUUAGCUGGAGAAGGAAAUCCUGUUUUAGCCAAGGAAGCUACAGCAAUUGCUAUCUGGGCUGUGACUGAAAACGUUGAUUGCUGCAAGCAUUGGGACAAUCUCUAUAAGGAGAAUCUAGGAGCUAGUGUUGCUGUUCUUAAAAAGCUUGUAGAAGAAUGGAAGGAUCAUUCUCUCAAACUGUCAUCACCAAGUGAUGCUCUCACUCUCAGCCGAACCAUGAAGAGAUUCAGGCUAAAGAACGAGGAAGCCAUCAGUGAUGGAGGAGCUAAUGCUUCUCUCUGCAAAGAAGCUGACAAGUCCUGCAAAGUGAUCUCAGGGAGACUCUCCCGUGGAAGUGGCUGCCUCAAAGGAACAGCCAUUACUGCUGUGGUUUUAGCUGCUGCAGGAGCCGCUGCUGCAGCUGUUCUAUCUUCCAACCCGGAGGCUACAACAGAACUGAUGAACCUGGUGGACUCUUUGGGCCUGGACCAAUACUAUAAUGCAAUCACCACAGCUUUUGGAUAAUGAAGAGAGAAAAGAAGCAAAACAACAUGAGGACGAUAAGCAGAGGUAACUCUGAUUAUCGUCGGUGUAGAGUAUUUACUUAAAAAGUUAAAGCCUUUUACGCUCCGAGAUACCAAAAUUUUGAAAAGCUGGACUAGAAAAUAAUGAGGGUUUCGUUUUCAUAAUUUAUUAUUCAAAAGCUCGCAGGUGUGUAGAAGGUUUUUAGACUCUGUGUCAAUUUAUUUCUUCUUCUUUUUUCUUGAUGACAAUAAAGUUAUUUCUGUUUAUUACUAUAUAUGCUUCGUCUC